AUGUUUUCAAUAAGGGCGCCUAGAACAAAUUUUUUUAAAUGUAUAUCUGAAAAUUCUGAUUUAAAAAAGAAAAAAAAUACAUAAACUGCCAUUUAGUCUUUUAUAUAUUAAUAUUUUUACAAACACUGCUAAUUACAUAUAUCCAAUCAGCGGAGUUUUAAAACCAGGAAGAGCUAUAAAUAAUUAAAAAAAAACAAAUUAGUAAAAAAUCAAAAACUUCUAGUAAAAAAAGGAAUAUUAACAAAUAAAUGUUAAUUAAAUUAGCAAUUAUAAAGAGUUAUAUUGUGCUUUUAGUUAUCUAAUAGAUCACUAAAGCAUAAAAUACAUGUGUAGAAGGAUGCUCAAUUUGUAGUAAUAUCAAUAACUAAAAUAUCUGCAUUAAAUGUUUAGAGGGUUAUGAGCUUGAUUCAAAUAAUAAUCUAUGCGUUUAUAAUAAAUGUAGAAGCAAUUUAUUUUAUGAUAGGAAUAUACAUGAUAAUGGUAAUAUAGAUAAUAAGUGUGUAGCUAUCUGCAGUCCUUUUAGCUAUAAAAACUAUUAAAAUAAUUUAUGCUAAAAUAAAUUACAGUGUUCUAUCUAAAAACCCUCAUAGCUAUUCAUGA